AUGGGCAGCUCACAGGGGCAGCUCACAGGGGCAGCUCACAGGGGCAGCUCACAGGGGCAGCUCACAGGGACAGCUCACAGGGGCAGCUCACAGGGGCAGCUCACAGGGACAGCUCACAGGGACAGCUCACAGGGGCAGCUCACAGGGACAGCUCACAGGGGCAGCUCACAGGGACAGCUCACAGGGGCAGCUCACAGGGACAGCUCACAGGGGCAGCUCACAGGGCAGCUCACAGGGGCAGCUCACAGGGGCAGCUCACAGGGCAGCUCACAGGGGCAGCUCACGGGGCAGCUCACAGGGGCAGCUCACAGGGCAGCUCACAGGGGCAGCUCACGGGGGCAGCUCACAGGGGCAGCUCACAGGGGCAGCUCACGGGGCAGCUCACAGGGGCAGCUCACGGGGCAGCUCACAGGGGCAGCUCACAGGGGCAGCUCACGGGGCAGCUCACAGGGGCAGCUCACGGGGCAGCUCACAGGGGCAGCUCACGGGGGCAGCUGGGGCAGCUCACAGGGGCAGCUCACAGGGGCAGCUCAUGUGUUUUCACAACGAUGGUCAUUUAAGGCACUCUGCUGUGUUCGCUGCUAUUGA